UUCCUUAACACUUCACUCACGUUACUCCUCUAUUUCAAAGUGUCUCACUUUGUUUUGUUUUUGAUUUACUGCGAUGCUCCCCGCAGCUGCAGCUUUCCGUUUCCCCUGGGAGGUAAACUCUGAAUCAGUGCAGGAAGGGGAAUCAGUGAGAACGUUUGGCAGACUUGUCAGCUACCAGCCUGAGGAGUCCAUGGCUACGCUGUCAGCUCAGUACGCUUCAAAAGAGCACCACGUGGUUGUCCACACCUUGUUUGUGGAGCCCUUUAACCCAAUAAUUGGGGCCCAGUACAUAGUUCUGGGUGAGACAGAAAAUACUGAAGGAGUUGGUAUGGUGGUCCAUGCCCGUGUGCUGAACUGUGUUGAUGGUGUAAACCUUGCCCUUCUACAGAAAGCCAUCAAUGAGCAAAGAAGCUUCUUCAGGGAGAGGGAGAGUAAGGAGGGUAAAGCUGCACAGCCUGCAGAUGCAACAUGACAAUAGCCUUCAUUAAUCAAGUUUCCCAGGAUGCUCCUUGAUUGUCCGGGCCACAGCACUGGCUCUUUAGCUGUUUGUCAAAGUGCACUGGAGUGCUGUUAUGUGAGGUCCAGUUAAAUUUAAGACAGUUUGGUUAAGUGCAAAAGACAUGAGUUAAUUUUCAUCAGUUUAGAUGGCAGUCUUAUCUGUGUCUGGCCAUAACAGGUUUCUGCACAUGAUAAUGGGGAUAAUGGGGAUUCAUUAAGGUUGUCGUAGAACCAGGCAGAUGUUUUGGUUCUGUGACUUAUUAAUGCUCUGCAGUUUUUCGUCUUCAGAAGUCUGAUAAUAGUAGUUUUUCAGUCCUCCCAUGUUAUUUGGUGAAAGACACCAGUCUUAACAAUCAUAAUGUAACUUUGUGGUCUGACAUUCAAAAAUACUUGUUAAAAAUUGUUGCUAUAGAUUUAUCAUGUAUUGGUCAUGUAAAAACCAAACUGUAUAGAUAUAUUCCACUGAAUAUACAGAAGUAUAAAGCCUUAUUGUGAUUUUUCUUUCUGUUUUUUUUUAGAUUUUCUUUUGAAGGAGUUUUAGGAAAUAUCUCACAGUAUCUCACAAGAGGAAAGCUAAAUAAUAAGCAUAAUAAUGUCAAUGUUACUUUUUCAUCCAUGUAAUCAUCUGGUGACCCAAACAACAUGUUCAUGAACACUGGGUGGAGUGGUGCCCAUCAUUUGUCAUUUAAUGGCAAUGGAGGAAAACACCCACUCCCUGACACACUUGUGCCUGAAAGAAACAAGCAUUUAUUUGGAAGUUGGGGUAAAUGUCUGCCAGAUUUUAUGCUGUAAAAUAUAUAAAGGUUGAAAAUUGUCUACUGUACCUGCUUGUGUGUUUUAUUAAAAAGAUUAUACAGGA